AUGAUUCGUCUUCUAUCAACAGUCUCACGUUGUUUUCAGACCUUCUCUAGAGGCAUUGCUGCAAAGCCCUUGCAAGCAUUCGCUUGCGCCGCCUGUUCGACUAAAUGUCUAGCCCAAGUCAAAGAGGCAGAGGAAGACAUUACAGCUCAACCAAUAGAUUCUGUUCAAGUUUUGAGGAAAUGGGGUUGUAAUAAUGAUGAUUUGGCCAGAAUUUUUGAACGUAACCCACAAUUGCGCAAUGCUGAUAUUGCCCUGAUUCAAUCGAAUCUCUCUGUUCUUAGUCGCGUGGGGCUAAAAGCACCAGACUUGGUAAGGAUCAUCCAUUGUAGGCCUAGGUUUCUUCUUAGUAGUCGGGUUCAUCGUUAUUUUGAUGAAAGGUUUGCAUAUCUUGAUUCCUUGUUUGAGUCAAAGGAAUUGCUUAAGAGAGCCGUCGUGACUAACCCUUCACUGCUAAUCUAUGAUUUUAACGACACCAUUAAACCUGCUCUUGCACAAUAUCAAGAAUUGGGUGUAAGCAAAGAAGAUUUUCUUGCCUUGAUCUGUACCCGGCCCACAAUUAUUCCAAGGACUUCAUUUAAUGAGGAGAAGCUUGCAUAUAUACGCAAGAUGGGGCCUUCCCAGAAUGCAAAGUUGUAUAAAUAUGUGGUUGCAAUAAUCGGGGUCUCUCGGGUGGAAACAAUUCGUGAGAAGUUAGCAAAUUUUGCCCACUUUGGGUUCUCUGAUGAUGAGGUAUUUGAUCUUAUCAGACGGUCUCCUCUUAUCAUGACACUAUCAAUCGAAAAGGUUCAGAGGAAUAUGACGUUCAUAUUGACCACAAUGAAGUUUGAUGCUAAAACAGUUCUUGAAAUCCCACGUCUCCUGUUUAUAAACUUGGAUACAUUGUUGAAGCCACGAGUUCUCCUAAUGAGGAAGUUACAAGACAUGGAUGGUAAGUUGGAAUUUACACAACAUUCAGUAAUGCGUGCUGUGAGGAUGACCGAGAAUAGGUUUGUACGGUCAUUCAUUGAAAGCCAGUCUAAGGAAGUUGCCGAUGAUUUAAUGAAGUUCUAUACGAAAGCAAAAGAAUUUAAGAGCUUAGCAGGGUCAAGAAAGAGGCUUGUUCAAAAAGGCUUUCCAUUUUGA